GACCAGAUUGAUCCUAACUAUAUCAAACAAUCAUUUACAUGUUGUGGUAUCUUUACUGCUCAAUAUGGAUCUGAGGAGGAUUUAAUAUUUGAUUAUAACUGGGUAAUUAUGUAUAUAUCAAAUAAAUAUAAUAAAAGUAACAAUGAAAGUACUAUCAAUUUGACCCAAAAUAAUAAUAACAACAGUGACUAUGAUAGUUAUGAUAAUGAUGCUAAAGAUAAUAAUGAUGAUGACAAUAUAGAUAAGUUUGGCUUUUCUUAG